AAAUGGCGGAGCCGGCAGGGAGCGAAUCUAGCAGCCCUGAGACUGACAAAGACUUCGAUCCAUCGGCAGACAUGCUAGUUCAUGACUAUGAUGAUGAGCACACACUAGACGAGGAAGAAGCCCUUAGUGGGGAAAGCUGUUCUAAUGAACUGGAUGAUCUAGCAAAGGAAGGGGACAUGCCCAUUGAGGACCUGCUAGCCAUGUAUGGAUGCGGUCAGCCCAAUGAGGAUGAUGCACACGACAACACACGGUCCAGCAGCGAGGAGGAGAUUCUAAGUAACCAUGACCUUACACUUGAUAAAGAUGAGAUUGCCCGAGAUUUGCUCAAGAACAACAGUGAAGCUGAUGACAAAGAAACCAGCGUCACAGACCUGUUUGAAACAGUUGCCACGUCACACACAGCUAGGCUUUUGAGAUCAAGCAGCAGGCCAGGGAGUGAAGAUGACUCCGAAGACUCAGAAGAAGAUGUCGACUACAAACCAGAACAUGAUGAAGACUGGAAGAAGGUUAUACAAGUGGGUCAUGAUUACCAAGCCGUGGUGCCGGAAGGCCUCAGCAAGUAUGGGGAUGCUCCAGCAUAUGAAAAUGAAGAUAGAUUGUUGUGGAAUCCAAGCAAGACAGAAAAUGAUACAGUGGAGAAGUAUUUAAAGGAUGUACACGAACAGAACCUCCAGAAUGCCCAGGGUGUAAACUGCAUCCCAACAGGGACACAUGUCAGAGACGAUGAACAGGCUCUGUAUCUACUACUGCAAUGUGGGCACAAUGUGGAGGAAGCCCUCCGACGGCGGAAAAUGCAAGCUGUUCCAACGUCAGAUCCAAUGAGUUUGUGGUCAGAGGAGGAAUGUCGAAACUUUGAAAAUGGACUUCGAACAUAUGGCAAAAACUUUUAUCUUAUACAACAAAACAAGGUACGGACAAGGUCUGUAGGAGAAUUAAUCCAGUUUUAUUACUUAUGGAAGAAAACAGAACGGCAUGAUAUAUUUGCCCACAAAAACAGACUAGAAAAGAGGAAAUAUGCCUUACAUCCAGGAGUCACUGACUACAUGGAUCGGUUUCUUGAUGACCAAGAAGCUGUGAAUCCACAAAGGGACAGAUCAGCCAGCCCCAACCUUAAUUCAUUAAUUUAUGGUGAUCCUAAACGAACACACAUUAAACAAGAACUUGAAGAACAAGCCUCAUGUCCGCCAGAGUCCAAGGAGAAAGUGUCCGAAGUAUGUACAGCUUCAACGACAGCUGUAGCCCUUAGUCCAGAUCGCAAGGGCUCACAGUCCAAAUCAGAGUCUGUCUCAGUGAAAAUUGACACUAAUUUAAACGGCAGUGCUGAAGACUUACACGAGCCCCCUUCCAAAAGGCUGAAGUCUGAAAACAAGGAAAAAAGUAUUUCUGAACCUUUAAAAUGUGUCUCUGGCAACCAUAUAGACAGUUUACAAACCUUCCCGUUGAACACCACUGUUAACAGUAUAGUAGCCGUUAGCCCAGUUAGUGCACAUGAACUCGCAGGAAGUGGAGAGCCAGUGUUGCAGUCACAUGUCAUCAGUCCGCAAACAAUAGAGUCAAGUGAAAUGAAUCACGUUCAGUGACAUCACCACACAUUCCGUUACAAUCACAAUCACAUGAUAACGUGCAAUAAACAAGGCUUUCUCCGUCAAGUUGUUCCAGGCGGAUGUGUACCUCAAAAUCAAGUAUCACAAUUUGGAAUGUGCUGGUAUGUGUUUUGUUACAGACGACAGCAACCUGAAUGAGAAGAUAACUGAAAUUUGUCGUUGGUUUUGUUUGUUUCCAACCAUUAUGAAACAGCAACCUGAAUAUUAUAGAGAAUUACCAACAUGCGUCCAAGUCUUGUCGAGAUCAAGGCAUGCACUCUGGUUACCUCAUUACAGUGUUAAAUGUACAAGUACAUGUCUUACCAUUCUAAUCAUUUCAGCACAAAAGCUAAUAGUGCUCUUCCAUAUUGGAAAGGGCCAGACCUUCACAACAAACAGAAGUCACCUUCACUGCUAAUCUAAAGCUUAGCUUUUUGUUGCAUUUGCACUGAAGAUUUGUAUUGUUUCCAGCUUGCUUCAAAAACCAUAUUGGACCUAUUUAACACCCUCAACAGUCAAAAAUGUGAUCGUUUGAUACUCCUUUAUAUACAUGAUAUCGGAAUACAGGAUGUCAUUUUGACACCAUGUUUUUCAGGGUUUCAUAUCUGUUCAUUUUCUUUGACAUUUUCUGUCUUUUUUUAAAAAAAUGUCUUAAAGAUUUUUUUCAAAUUUGGUAAUCAUAUCUAAGAAUGUAUUAUCAAAAGUUAUCAUGAAAAUGUUUUAAUUUUUAACAAAAUUACUGGGUUUAAAUGGUAACUGGAUGAUUCUGAGAUGGUAUUUCUUGUCUGAAAUGUUUAAACAUGUUAAAGAAAACGGUCAUGUUAGGACAGUCCCUCUGAUGAAUUUAGAGCAGCCACAUUGUGGUACCAUAAGACAUUAAAUUAAUUAUCUAGGUUGCAUGUUAAGAAUCUGAUGGCACACAGAAUACAAGGGCAUUAAAUAAGUCUAAUAUGGUAACGAUAUAAGAAAGAUAUGAUUGAAGUUAAUAUCUUGAAAAUGAUAUUUGUGCCUUUUGCAUUGGGAAUACAAUGCAUGGUGAUAAAGUUGUUGAAUUCAUGGAUCACUUUGUAACAUGUUAAGUCCUUAUACGAGUCAAUCCAGGUCGGAUAAAAUUACAAACUUAACUUGAAAAUUUGUGACUGGUUAAAUAGACUUGAGAUGAAAAAGUUGCUGGUUGCACCAUGAGCUGUUGUUGUUAGUAAGUUGAAGACUGUUGAAAUGUACAGUGAUGGUUGUUGUGUUAAGUAUUGAGCUUCCCUGAAGAUGGAAGCAAGGAGAAAGGGUACAUUCAUCUUGGGGGCUAGUUUUAGAAAUUAUUGCCAUUCCCAUAUCAGGAUGUGUCCAAUUACUCUGAGGGUGUGAUGGUUUCGCUGUCAUAUGAAGAAAAUGUGUUCUCGUAUUUUACUAACGCCAACAAUGUGAUCUAGGCACUAACACCCACGCCUUGCAGAAGCACAUUAUUGUUUAUUAUUUGCCCUUCGCAUGUGAAUUUAGAUUGAACAUACUUAACCACUGGGCUAUACCAAGGCUUUCAUUUCCAUCGGAGGGGCGGUUGGGUAGCCUAGUGGUUAAAGCGUUCGCUUGUCACACCGAAGACCCGGGUUCGAUUCCCAACAUGGGUACAAUGUGUGAAGCCCAUUUCUGGUGUCCCCCGCCGUGAUAUUGCUGGAAUAUUGCUAAAAGCAGCGUCAAACCAUACUCACUCACUCACUCACUUAUUUCCAUCGGGGGGCAGUGGAAUAGCCUGGUGGUUAAAGCGUAUGCACGUAAGGCCAAAGACCCAUUUUAGAUUUGCCACAUUGGUACAAUGUGUGAAGCCCAUAUUUAGUUUCCACACCAUGAUGUUGAUGGAAUAUUGCUAAAAGUGGCCUGAAACCAUACUCACUAUCUCAUUUCCACGAUUCACAUACCAACGAUGCACAAUACUUAGUGAUAGUAUUUUAUCUUUUGUCAUGAUGAUGUAUGUGAAUCUCACAUGGUUAGGAUCGCUUUCAGUCACUGUUGUUAUCUGAGAAUAGCUGCUGUUGCACUGUUUUAGCUAACUAUAUCUUAUCGAAAUGUUUCAGGAUUUCAGAUCAGUUCAUUUUCAGGGACACUGUAUGAAAUGUCCAAAGAUAUUUUUCAAAUUUGGUAAUGAUGCCGAAGAAUCUCUCAAAUGGUAAUGGAAUCAUGGAAUCAUGAAAAUAACAUGAUGCCAUUUGUUAUUCCAGACAGGGAAUAGUAAUCAUCACUUGCUUGUUGACCACUAAGCAAACUGACCACUAUCAUCAUGUAAAUACUGUUGAAGGUAGGGUCAAACUAUAUUACUGGCUCACUCGUGAGAAUUCUAUUUAUUCAAAAUUGUAAGUGUUUACAGAGGAAUACCUUCAUUUGUUUAUCAGUAUAUAAAGGUGAGAGAGGUGCUGUAUUUUGCUCAAUCACUGAGCCUUCCUCAUUCCCUCCCCUCCUCUUCCACCUCCACCUCCCCCUCCCCUCCCCUCCUUCAAAAAUGGGCUCUUCCAUGUCCCAUUAUCCAGUGGCAAUAUUUCUAAAACUAGCUUACUGGAAACCCUGUAUGUUCCAGGUGCUUGAUUUCCAAGUCUACAAAUAUUUAUAACAAGACCUGUACAAAAAUACCAGUACAUGUAUUAUUGGUAUGCAUAAGUAAUACCACAGGCAUAAUUAAACGUUCAGCAUCCUGCUGAUGUUGAAGCUCACAAGGCCACCAUUUUGGUGAAGCUUGUAUCAAUUUAUGGUCAGUAUGCGAACAUACAUUAAUAUAUUAUGUGACAUUAUCAUUGUAUCAGAUAAUAUUUUGCAUAUUGUACAGAAUUUUCUAUGUGAUCGCUUGGUGCUGAAACAAGUCUACAGCUGCACCGUGGAUGGAGAAUGUGCAAGCAUUAUGAUGUACAGAGACGUGUAUAGGUCGUGUUACCAUGGUUACAAGUUGUACUAGCAGUUGUACUAUUAUGCCGAUUUGUACAGCGAAUGUCCAUUGUCUUUUUCUAAACUGUGUAUAACCUUCACUGUCACCGACAGUUUAUUUAUGUAGGAGUAUUUGAUCAAUUGGAGGUACUGAACACUUCGCAGAAUAAUUGUAGCUGAUUUUGCUAGUACUCAUAAUCUGUCGUUUUGAAAGAAUUUAUUGAGAGUGUUUUUGCAGUAAGUUAACUGAUAACGCUUCUCUUGCCAACUUUUAUUGAGAUCUAGACUGUUUUGAUAUUUUUUAAUUAUUUCUACCGUAGAUCAUAAGUUUUGGAGAUAAGAUUUUCCAAAAGACGCUGCAUUUGUACAUUUUAUUUCUUUCAUAAAAGUGCAUUUAAAAUUUUAUGUUGUAUACUCUCUAAUUUAAUGAUUAUUUUCACCUAUAGCCAGAAGAAAACAAAAUUCUAAAUCGUGACCACCCUGUCAUUAUUUCAUAGACUUUCAUCUCAAUCAUAGUUGUCCAUAAUUUUGUACUAUCCAGAGAAUUCUGUCUUCAGUUUCUCAGUCUUUUGUGAAGUUAAGUUUUCUCUGUACAACAUUCUUAUUGUGUUUAUUCAGGUAUUCUUGUUCAAUUUCCGUUUGUAAAUGGUUGUGAGAGAUUUCUACCCAUGAGUCAUUCUGUCCUGUUUGUCUCUGAGUUGUAUGCACUUAUGUCAGUUUUCUUGACUGGGAUUCAUAAUUCCUUUGUCCGAUAUUAUGUGUGUGAGUUUAUGGUUAUCCAUAACUUAAUCUCUGUCAGAGGCUUCAACAUAUAUGCAAUUUUGAAUUCCUCAGAGAUUGAGAAAUUUGAAGCAUUUUCAGUCAUUUUUGUCAGUA